AUCUGUUAAUACAUACGAGAGGUCAGUGUACGUCACGUAGUUAUUAUUCAGAGUUGAGGAUUUUGUGGAAAUUUAUCUGUCUGGAAGUGUAAGGAAAAAAGAUUCCUGAGACUCUCUCGCGGCAAGACAUUACGGGAAAAUAACGCGGAGGUCUCAGGUUCAGCGAAUUUCAUAGUUUGAAGACUUCCCGUAAGAAAGAAGUGUCCGCGGUACAUCGAGUGCUAUAACGCUAGUCGCAUGUAAUUGUGGUAUUGCGUUUGAAAAACUUUAUUUUAUUAAAGGCACAGCCGUCUAUUUGGCGUCUGUGAAGAGAGGACAAGAGUGUGUGAUAGGUUAUGUCAACUGGAUUGGCAGGUGCUGUUUCAAAUCAGCGGAUGAAAGGACAAACUAACAGUCAAGUGAGCAAUGGUCCUAAAGAACACCAGCAGCAACAACAGACAGAACAUGCUGGUGGAGAAGAUACUGGAUUUGAUUCAUGGAGAGGAGGCAAUAGUACACAUCAUUCUAGUUAUCCAAUUGGAACUGGUGAUCCAUAUAGCCCUUACUAUGCAAGUACUUCAUUCCCUUAUCAAACAUUUGGUGCUGGGGAUGGUACUUGGUCAAAUGGAACAGACCCAGUUGCGUUUCUUUCUGGCUAUGGAGGUCAAAUAGGUCACGAUGCAUAUGGCAUGGAUGGAAUGUUUUCUGCUAGUGCAGGAGGUGGUUUUAGUACAUUUGGUCAGCCUGCUUUUAAUUAUUUUCAUGGAAAUGGUGAUUUUAGUGCUUGGGGCACUCCAAGAAAAACACGCUAUGAAGAUUAUUAUCCUCCACGUGGAAAUGAAAAUUAUCCAACACCUAGUAACGCAGAAAUUAAGACUAUUGAACAAAGUGUGCAAGGCUUGUCACUAGGAAGUGGAGAAGUUCCACGUCAAGAACAAACUUCAUCUAAUCAAUCAAUAAAACCAGAAGCAAAAGAACCUAGAAAGAUAACAUGGGCCAGUGUUGCAAGUCAACCUGCAAAGCCUGUUCCUCCACUUUCAUCUUCUCAAGGAAUGAAAAAAAAGGCUGGAAUGCCACCACCACCUAUUGUGCCAGGGAAGCACAAUAUGGACAUUGGAACAUGGGGUGAAGGUAAAUCUUCUGCACCUCCUCCAACAGCACCACCGCCACCACAAGUACAGCCUCCUGUUCCACCACCUCCGCCACUGGCUCAGAGACAGAGACCUCCUCCUCCUCCACCAUGUUGGAAUAGACAACCUACAACACCUCCAUCACCUCCACAAUCGCAGAUUCAUAUGCCCCAACAACAACAGCACCAACAUCAACAGCAGCAGCAGCAGCAGCAGCAACAACAGCAGCAGCAGCAGCAGCAACAACAGCAGCAACAACAGCAGCAACUGCAGCCACAACAGCAGCAAAUUACACAAUCACAGUCGCAUCCUGUCUUAGAUAAGCUGAAAGUGAAGAAUGAUUAUAAUCCUGUAGAAUUUGAUGAAACUGCUCCUGGAGCUAGGUUUUUUGUAAUCAAAUCUUACUCUGAGGAUGAUAUUCAUAGAUCCAUUAAAUAUGAGAUUUGGUGCAGUACUGAGCAUGGUAAUAAAAGAUUGGAUCAAGCAUAUAAAGAAGCCAGUUGUGAAGGUGCGCCUUUAUAUUUGUUCUUUUCUGUCAAUGGAUCUGGUCACUUUUGUGGUAUGGCACAAAUGGUGUCACCUGUUGACUAUAAGAGCAAUAGCUCUGUAUGGUCUCAAGAUAAAUGGAAAGGCCAAUUUCGUGUACGUUGGAUUUAUGUUAAAGAUGUUCCUAAUGUGCAACUUCGUCACAUUAGACUAGAAAACAAUGAAAAUAAACCAGUGACUAAUUCAAGGGAUGCACAGGAAGUCCCUCAUGCAAAAGGCAUAACAGUGCUGCGUAUAUUACAUACUUAUCGACAUUCAACUAGCAUUUUUGAUGACUUUGGACAUUAUGAACGUAAACAAGCAGAAGAAGAUCAACGUAAGGCUCCAUCAAAUGCUAUACAACAUCAUCAUUCUUCCAAUCAUAGAAAUAGAGGACAUUCAGAUUUAUCAAGGGAUCAUCAUCCUCAUCAAUCGCAUUUACAUCAUCAACGCAAAGAUCGGGAUGGUGGUCGUGGUAGAGGCAGAGGAGGUUCACGCCAGUAGCGAUGGAUACAACAAGAAUAUAAUACUGUUCAUAAUAGUAAUCAUCGUAAAGAAAGCAUGCUACGACUAAUUAUCGUCUUACUACUUACCUUUGCUUUCUUGGAUACACAAAAGGCUUCUAAUUCCUGUGAAAACUUGUCAUCAUUGAGACUAUUUCCUUCUGUUAAAUAAUCAACUUGUAUGAUAAUUAGCGUCACGACGGCAUCAUAAAUAUUAUCUGAUCAUAACUACCAUGAAGAAGAACGUAAUUCAAUUUCAAGGGAUAUUGGGUAACCUUGCUGACAGUUAUAAGCAUAUAGUGUGGUGUUGCGUGCUAUUCAUCGAAAGGUGUUUCUUAAACGUACAAAUUAAAAAUGCGAGAAAAAUGAAAUAUGGAACAGAAGAAAAAACUGUAAUAUAUGGACUAACCCUUGUAAAAUGCUUAAACUUUUGUUGAUAAUGAAAAAAUCUAUGCGAGAACAAUAUUGUAAGCAAGUGUCAUUUAAAUCAAUUACCAUUUUAAACUUUGAUGGACAUAUAACCUGGUGCCUGUGGCUGAAAGGACUCACCUUUCUUUGUUAUAAAGGUGCAAGGGCUUAUUACAACGUUUUAAGUUUAUGUGUAACAAUUAUGCUUGAUCAUUGGAUAAUAAUAGAAAUUAUUGUCAACUGAUUA